AUGUUUUUGUAUCCUUCCGGUCAAGGUGCAGAACAAGAUUCGUGUUGCAGAAGUGUUUUUGAAAAUCUGAUGAAAAUCGGAUCCGAUUCCACCUCCACCAGCUCCGAUUCUGCCUCCACCAGAUCCGAUUCCGCCUCGACCAGCUCCGAUUCCACCUCCACCAGCUCCGAUUCCGUCCCCACCAACUCAGAUUCCGCCUCCACCAGCUCCGAUUCAACCUCCACCAGAUCCGAUUCCACCUCCACCAGCUCCGAUUCCGCCUCCACCAGAUCCGAUUCCACCUCCACCAGCUCCGAUUCAACCUCCACCAAUCCGAUUCCGCCUCCACCAGAUCCGAUUCCACCUCCACCAGCUCCGAUUCAACCUCCACCAGAUCCGAUUCCACCUCCACCAGCUCCGAUUCCGCCUCCACCAGAUCCGAUUCCACCUCCACCAGCUCCGAUUCUGCCUCCACCAGAUCCGAUUCCGCCUCGACCAGCUCCGAUUCCGCCUCGACCAGCUCCGAUUCCGCCUCCACUAGCUCCGAUUCUGCCUCCACCAGAUCCGAUUCCGCCUCGACCAGCUCCGAUUCCGUCCCCACCAACUCAGAUUCCGCCUCCACCAGCUCCGAUUCAACCUCCACCAGCUACAUCAUUAGCUUCGAUUCCGCCAAUAAUUCAUCAGCUUCGAUUCCGCCAAUAG